CACUGAUUGGCAGAACUGAUAGGUGGCACUGGCAGCACUGAUAGGUGGCACUGAUUGGCACUGAUAGGUGGGACUGAAAGGCAGCUCAGAUGGGCACUGAUAUGUGGCAUUGAUGUGCAUCGGUAGGCACUGGCACGAGGCACUGAUGAGCACUGACACAAGGCACUGAUGGACACUGACAGGUGGCGCUGCUGGGGCUACACUGAUCAUCAGGGCACACUGAUCAUCAGUGCUCUUAUGAUCACUGUCAGCGUGACAGCUCGAGAGGAGAGAAAUGCCGAUAACCGACAUUUCCCUGUUUACAUGUGAUCAGCUGUGAUUGG